CUGACUCAUCAGAUGAAGAGUCGCUCCACAUCGACACAGAAGUCAAGCCAGAGGUCAAGCGGGAGGUGAAAGGUCGUAACUUGAAGGUAAAGAAGAAGGCGGGAAGCACGGCAGGCAUCCUGGACCUACUACAGGCCAGCAAAGCAGUGGGCGGCAUCGACUACAGCGUCAACAGCACACAGGAGGCCAUUCAGGGAUGUUGUCUAUGGCCAACUUGUCCUCCGGGGCUACCGCUGGGGCCGCAGCCAUCUCCUCCGACACCCCUGGGGCCUGGGGCUGCGACCGGCCCGGCAGAAACCACUCCAACACCACCACCGCUGGACGGAAGGGAGGAACAGCGAGCGGAGCGGGAGGAGGAGUAAGUAAGCGGCCAGCCAAACGACCCCCCAAGAAGACGAAGAAGAGCAGCAGCAUCGACAGUGCCGAGUUCGACGAUGAUCAGGAUCACAUGGACGCCUGCUUCAAGGACUCAGAUUAUG